AUCAUCUUCAGUUCGGGAGAACAUGAGGGUCCCAUCGUCCCCUUUUACAGCUGCCAGAGCAGGACCCUCUGUCUGUAGAGCGAGUCUUCAUGGCCCGACUUCUUCGUCUGCCCCAGCGAGAGUCCCGAGUCGCCAAGCGCAAUCGACAGUCACUCGACCUCUGACCAGAUCGAUCUUUAGCGGCUUUGCACGAAAACCGAAGCCCAAAUCUCCUUUCCAAGCUCAGCCUGAACUUGAACCUCUCAUAGCCGCAAAUGAUUUAUUCCACAUCCUUGCAGACUCGCCAUUUGCGGACAUGCGGGAACGAGCAAAACGCAUUCGACAGGUGUCCAUCUGCCCCGUCUCCGCAGAGCGGCACAACGAAAGAGUUCGACCUGGUUUCGAUUGCCCGGAUUGUGGUUUUCCUACUCACAAAGACAAAGAAAGAUGGGAAGAAGGAGCAGAAGAACACGCGGAAGUAUGCGAGAGGCUGCGACAGGUCAACGAGGAUGAUCACGACCUGAGAAGUGGGAGAAGGUUCCCCGAAUUUGAGAAUAUUCCAAAGGAACAGCCAUACGAUCAGGCCAUAGCCUUUGCGAACUGGGAUACGCUGUUCUGGACACGUUCGUUCCCUUCUGUCAACUCGGAGCGAAGCGUCAGACAUCUAUCUAAAGUGUUAACGUAUCCGAUGACUGUAGCCGCUGUUCUGCAUCAGAACGGGCCGUUUACACCGGGUAACGGUCGUAUCACCAGAGAAGGUCGCCGAAACAUGAUUGCCCUUCAUUCAAUUCUUCACUUGCCACCUGGAUCUAACGAGUCUACGACCACAUGGAAACCCACACCUCCUAUCCGCAUAAUUAUCAUAGGAGCUCGUGCCGAGUCGACGCUACCACCUACCCACUGGGAACAGCUUCACUACAUGUUCCCUCGAAGCAUUUUCCACAUCUACUUCGUCGGGCCCGAGGUUGGGCUGCCGAUCAUGGAUAGGCAGGACUUUCGGCUUAUCGGCAAGAAGUACGAAUUCUCCGAAAACGACGGCUGGGGAUGUCCAUCUUACACAUUACACGUCUCUCCCUAUCUCUCCAUCAGCAGUCUGAGAACCUCGUACGAGCAGAUCCACUCACAACUCGGGCCCUUUGACCCCUAUACUGAUGUCUUCUUCGCUUUUGCUCCCGGAUUCGGAUUCCCGCAUCAGCCAGGCUUGGAUUCGAAUCGAAACCCCUCGGUGCCCACCGACGAGGAAGCAGGCGUACAUGAUGGCAAUCACAUUGCGACUCAGCCACUGGUGCAAGCUCAGACGACGUGGAGACUAGCUUUGAAGAAGAUAUUACAGACCAAAUGCGCUGCAUUCUUCACCGCGUUCUCACCGCUUGAUCUCCAGAGAGAUGUCUCUGCCCUGUUCGGCACGAAUCCUCCAUCCUUCAAGAGUCACACGAAAUUCCGCGAGUUUCCAGAUUACGUCGGUCUACCGACCGCGCCUGUAGAUCAUAUCGAAGGUGUCUCGGACGAGUUUGACCUGGUCUUGACACCAGGGAAGAAUGAAUUUGGAAGCAAGAAGUGGGAAAUUGCAGACUGGGAUCCACGCGUCGCUGUCAAGACAAACUGGGGCAUUUGGGGUAUCCGAGGGAAGAAGUACGAGGUUCAAAGGAGCGACGAAGAUGACGAUGAAUAG